CCGUCCCGGGCGAGUUGGUAAACACAGCCGAGCGCGUGCAGGGCGCCAGCUGUGUGGCAGCGCGCGGAGGGCGCGCGAAGGUGACCGAGGACUCCCGCUUCCUGCGGCCGGUCCUGAAGCAUGGCUGCCAUGUUGGGGGAUGCCAUCAUGCUGGCCAAGGGCCUUGUCAAACUGACCCAGGUGGCCCUGGAAACCCACCUGCAGCACUUGGGCCUUGGCGGGGAGCUUAUCAUGGCAGCCAGGGCCCUGCAGUCCACAGCUGCGGAGCAGAUUGGCGUGGUCCUGGGGAUGGUGCAGGGUCAAGAUAAACAGGAGGCGUCUUAUGCCACUGAGAGCUUCGAUGACCUAGAAGCAGAGAUCCCCUUCUCAGGGGCACCGGCAGCUAGGGCCUCCACUGACUUCUCCUCAGCCUCCACCAUUGACCAUGGGUCUCCGUCCAUGGGUCACACCCACAGUGAGGGCCCGGCUCCCACCUAUGCCGCCAGUGGACCGUUUAGGGAAGCCGGGCUCCCGGGUCAGGCCACUUCCCCGCUGGGCAGAGUCAACGGGAGGCUCUUUGCAGACCCCAGAGACUUUUUCUUCGCCACUGGCUUCCAGCGAAGGUUCUUCCAUCAGGACCAGUCCCCCAUGGGGGGUCUCACGGCCGAGGACAUUGAGAAGGCCCGGCAGGCCAAGGCCCGCCCUGAGAGCAAGCCACACAAGCAGAUGCUCAGUGAGCAGGCUCGGGAGAGGAAGGUGCCAGUUACGCGGAUUGGGCGGCUGGCCAACUUCGGAGGUCUGGCUGUGGGCCUGGGCUUUGGGGCCCUGGCCGAGGUUGCCAAGAAGAGUCUGCGCCCUGAUAACUCCACAGGGAAGAAAGCCGUGCUGGACUCCAGCCCCUUCCUGUCGGAGGCGAACGCAGAGCGCAUCGUGCGCACGCUGUGCAAGGUGCGCGGGGCGGCGCUGAAGCUGGGCCAGAUGCUGAGCAUCCAGGAUGACGCGUUCAUCAACCCUCAUCUGGCCAAGAUCUUCGAGCGGGUGCGGCAGAGCGCUGACUUCAUGCCGCUGAAGCAGAUGAUGAAAACGCUCAACAACGACCUGGGCCCCAACUGGAGGGACAAGCUGGAGUACUUCGAGGAGCGUCCCUUUGCGGCUGCCUCCAUCGGGCAGGUGCAUUUGGCCCGCAUGAAGGGCGGCCGCGAGGUGGCCAUGAAGAUCCAGUACCCUGGCGUGGCGCAGAGCAUCAACAGUGACGUCAACAACCUCAUGGCCGUGCUGAACAUGAGCAACAUGCUCCCCGAAGGCCUGUUCCCGGAGCACCUGAUCGAUGUGCUGAGGCGGGAGCUGGCCCUUGAGUGUGACUACGAGCGGGAGGCCACCUGCGCCAGGAGGUUCCGGGAGCUGCUGAAGGACCACCCCUUCUUCUACGUGCCCGAGAUCGUGGAGGAGCUCUGCAGCCCGCACGUGCUCACCACGGAGCUGGUGUCCGGCUUCCCCCUGGACCAGGCUGAGGGGCUGAGCCAGGAGGUUCGGAACGAGAUCUGCUACAACAUCCUGGUCCUUUGUCUGAGGGAGCUGUUUGAGUUCCACUUCAUGCAGACAGACCCCAACUGGUCUAACUUCUUCUACGACCCCCAGCAGCACAAGGUGGCUCUUCUGGACUUCGGGGCCACUCGGGAAUACGACAGAUCCUUCACUGAUCUCUACAUUCAGAUCAUCAGGGCUGCUGCUGACCGGGACCGGGAGGUCGUGCGCCAGAAGUCCAUCGAGAUGAAGUUUCUCACCGGCUACGAGGUCAAGGCCAUGGAAGACGCCCACCUGGAUGCCAUCCUCAUCCUGGGCGAGGCCUUCGCCUCGGAGGAGCCCUUCGAUUUUGGCACCCAGAGCACCACCGAGAAGAUCCACAACCUGAUCCCCGUCAUGCUGAAGCACCGCCUCAUCCCGCCGCCCGAGGAGACCUACUCCCUGCACCGGAAGAUGGGUGGCUCUUUCCUCAUCUGCUCCAAGCUCAAGGCCCGCUUCCCCUGCAAGGCCAUGUUUGAGGAGGCCUACAGCAACUACCGCCGGCCGCAGGCUGAGCAGCAGUAGCCAGGGCGGAGCCGAGGUGGCGCGUGGGAAGUGGCGGCGGUGACCUCCCCCCUGACUUCCUGCCAGCGCGAGGGUCCCUGCAGUGCUUUCACAGGGUUUUCAGGCCAAGUGGGUGGAGUGACAAGUGCCGGAAGGCAGCGGAACGCCACUCUUCUGUCAGACUCUGUCCUCCGAAAUCUCAAGGGGGUGAGUUUAUCCUCCGUCUCCUUUUCCCUCCUGUGUCAGCCAGAACCCAGGCAGCGCCUCCUGCUGAUCCCGGCGGCCCAGCAGCUUCCGGGACCGUCGGUACCGAGGCUGAGUCGGCGUCUCUCCGUGCCUCUCACCUGCGCUGUGGGGCUGGGAGCAGCGCCGUGGGCGCCAUCGCCCACACAGCCGGGGCUGCUUGGCCGCUGCCGACCUGUUUUGGACGACUGACCCGUCAGGGCUCCUCCUUCGCAGGGGGGCAGGCGGGGGCCGGAGGCGGCACUGGCCGGUGCGUCCACCCGGAGGGUCAGCGCAGGUGCGUGAACUUUUGUACCGGUGUUGUAAUUACCACAUUUACUUGUUUCCGUUCAAUUAAACGAAGUGCUUGUGCACAGCC